AGAGCAGAAGUCAGCUCUAACAGAAAAGACGCAACAUCUAGAAGAAAAAGAUCAUCAGCUAUCCUCACUCCAAGGAAAAUUCAGCUCACUAGAAACACAAGUGUGUAUGCAUCACAGACACAGCUACUUGUGACUCAGUGUGAAAACCAGACUCUGAAGACACAGGAGAAUGCAGAUGUUUUGUCACUGAAGGAAGCUGAAAUUGCUGCUAUCACCAAAGAAAUUGAGGGGAAAACAAACUUUUACAAUCCAAGAUGAAGGUGGCAGAGCUGUUUCCUGAGUUUUGAAGUGUGAUCUUCCUCUCAAGUGGAAAACCACUACUGAAAUGCCACUGAGGACACUGUGGGCAGUGGUGAUAGGAGAGAAGGUCUACAUUGGAGGAGGUGGGAUUCUUGUGAAGGAGGUGAGAGGGAGUGGGGAGGGAGUGGUGGGUGGAAGUACAGGCAUAGAGG